UCCGUUAGCUUGACGCCGGUCUAAUGCGAUAACGGGCACCGAUUCCACUGGAAAUACCGGCCCGAUUCGGUAUUUUUGCCGGCAAACCACUAAAAAUGAGAAAUAAGAGGAUUUAACGGCGACUAACGGACCCGUCGGGCUUGAAAAAGUCUCCACUAUGCUAUCUCGACCGCUGACAGUGAAUGACAAUGACGAUCGGGGGCGGGGCCUGCUAACUGUGACCCCGACUCCUGUCCUCCCAUUGGUUGAUGAGGGUGAUAACGGCGGAACACAAACAGGAGUUUUCUCUCCUCUUUGGAGCUCCUCCUCCUCUUCACCUCCUCCUCCCUGUGCCUCCUCCUUCCUUUCAACUCCUCCUUCAACUCAUCCUCCCUCCAUUCUUUCCCCUCCAUCAUCUUUUACUCCUCCUCCUCUUUCUCCUCUCUGUCCUCCUCAUCCCCUGUCCCUCCCUUCUUCUUCUCUUUCGUCUGCUCCUCCUCCUUCUCCUCUUUCCUCUGCUCCCUCCACUCAUCUACCUCCUCCUCCCACAUCUGUCUCUUCUGCUCCUUUUAUGUCACAUGCUCCUCCAGUUUCUCUUCCUACAGCCCCUUCUCUUGUUUAUUUCUCUCCUUCCUCCACUCCUACUCCUCUUCCUCCUCCCUGCACCCUUCCUACUUCUUCUUCUGUUUCUCCUCUUCCUUCCUCCUCUCCUCCUGUCCCUCCAUCCAUCCAUCCUUCACCUCCCCCCUUCUCGUCUCCUCCUGCUCCUGUUUUCGUCUUAUCUCUUCCUUCUCUCCAUGAUUCUCCUCCUUUUUGUUCUGCUCCUCUUCCUCCUCUCCUUUAUCAUCACUCUUCUUCUCAGUCUCCUCCUCCAACUCCUCCUUCCUCUUCACCUCCUCUUCCUUCUGCCAUUUGUUCUCCUCUUUCUUCCUCUGCUCACAUCCCUCUGUCACUCAUUUCUCCACCUCCCCCUGUGGCUCCCCCUCCUGCUCCUCCUUCUCCCCCCUGUUGCCCCUGCUCCUCCCUCCUGCCCCGCCUCCUCUCAGCUCACCGGCAGGAGGUGCGGCGCCUCCUGCGAGGAGCUCUGGCCUCCCUCGGCCGUCGUCUGGACUCUCUGGAGAGGAGGAGCAGGAAGAAGAGGAGGAAGCGGGGGAGUUGUCAGAGAGGAGGAGGAGCCUGUUCUCCUGCUUCGGCCGUCUUCACCACCUCCCCUUCGUCCUGUAGCUCCGGCUCGAUCCCACCUGUCACCUUCUUUUCAUCAUCAGCAUCAUCAGACAGCGGGGGCACACCAGCUGCUCUUCUUCCCCCCUGUUUCAGCCAGUCAGACCAGAGGAGGGGGAGGAGCAGGGCUCAUGAUGAGGAGGAGGAGGUGAGGGGGGGAAAGAGGAGGAAGAAGAACAGAGGAGAACAGGUUCUUAUUUUGCCAGAAAACAGAGAAGAAAAUGAAGAAGAGGAGGAUCCUGGGAGAUUUAUUGGGCGGAUGGCUGUCUCUAUCAGAGGAGGAGGAGCAGAGGAGGAGGCGCCGCUCACUCUGCAAAACUUCAACCACAGGAAACACAGGAGGAGAGAGGAGGGAGGAGCCAGCCAAUCAGAGAAGGCCAUCAGUGUCGUCAGGCAGAAUGGUUACAGAGCGCCCCUGCUACUACACAGCAUCUCCAGCUCCUCUUCCCAUGAUGCCUUGCACCUCCUCCAGUCAGCCCAGAGUGUUCGAACCUGCAGCCAAUCAUUGGACUCUGUGUCUUGUCAAGAAUCCCUCAGUGUCACAUCCGGCCAAUGGUGUUUCUCUGAUUUCACCCCUCCCCUCUCCCUUUCCUCAAAUCACAGGGCUUUCCGCCUGUGGCCACGGUCCUCCUCCUCUUCAUUUAGCCCUGCCCACAUGCUACGGCUGUCAGUGGUUGCUAUGGAGACAGUAUCGGAGUUAGUGAGGGGCGGGGUAUGUGGGAGACCCUUGCGGCCCCUGAAGGACUGGACAGCCGCGCCCAGUCUAAGCAAUGACCACUGUUACGUGCGAACUCCAACACAGAGCUUGACUUUUUCAGUCCGGCGACAGCAGAAGCAACGGGCCAAUCACAGCGCUUGGAGUGUCCACCUACCCCGGCGACGGGCCCUGCCCCUUCCCCCAUGUCCAGCUAAUGGACUAUCUGAUCCCUUCCCUGCCAGCCAAUCAGCAGCCAGCUCUGAGUUUCUCAGCACAAAGGGAGAGCGUGGAAAACGAGUGUCACAGAUUCGCAUCCGCCGAGCGCCGCCACGGGAAACGCCGCUCACACCAAUGGGACUGCCAAAAGUCAAAAGAUUAAAGAAGAAAGAAUUCAGUCUGGAGGAGAUUUACACCAACAAGAACUACAAAUCCCCCACCACCAACAGGAGUCUGGAGACGAUUUUUGAAGAGCCGCGAGAGAAGGAUGGAACGCUGCUUUUGAUUGGUCAGCAAAGGAGGCGCAGGCUCCUCCUCUUCCCUGAUUUCACUCAGCCCAGGAAGAGGAAGAGGCCGCAGGGGGGGGGGCUUCCUGUUGCCAUGGUGCCCAGGAAGCGGGCAGCGGCUCGGCGACAUUGCCACGUCAAUGGCUCCGGUGACGAUGACGCAGACCUGGACGUGAUGCUGGUGGAGCGACUGAGCGCGCUUGAAGACUUCCUUACACGGCAGGGCCUAGACGUGUGAGCCAUGACCAUCACUCUCUGUCAGCUGACUAAAGGCCAAAUAAACAUGAGCUGCUAGCACACCUGCUAACCGCCUGGUUACCGCAGUGAUGUCAUCAGUCAGGCGGUCAUGUGUAGCAGGUUUUUCCUUUUUCUUUUUUUUUUUGCUGUGAACUUGAUGUUUGUUUUUUCAGUUUUUCAGGUUUUUUUUUACAGUGUAGACUGUUUGAAAUGUGAAUGUUGGAAUAUUUAAUAUUUUAAUUUUUUUUUUACUGGUUGGAUGAUGUCAGGUAACACACACACACACACACGCACACACUUCAGUGAUGCUGUAGUACUCUGCAGUACUCACAAAGUACAGUGUAGUACUGCGUCACUGGUGAAUAUUUUUAAAGUGUAAUAUAUAUUUCUGCUGAAAUGUUUCUAUUUUUUGAACAAAUAAAGCUUGUUUCCAAUCACUGA